CCGGGCCAGAACCCCGCUGGGGCCUGGGCUGGACCCGGCGCCCGUUCUGCCGCAGUCUGAGUUUCUUGGGAUGCUGUGACGUUUGGAGCUGUCCCAGACAUGUUGCUGCGGUGCUGCCCUGGGAGAACGCCUUGAUGGAUAAUUGACACCAUUCAGUGAUGGGCUGUGGGACUAGCAAGGUACUUCCUGAGCCCCCAAAGGAUGUUCACUUGGAUCUUGUUAAAAAAGUUGAGCCAUACUCUGGUUAUAAAAAUGACAUAUAUAAGCACUUCAUCAAAGAUGAUGGUGGCGACACCAUCAAAUCUGGCUUCAUUUCUCCUCCCCGUCAAACCAAUCCUUACACUGCCAGUGGCUGCUCUCCCACGUGUCUGGAGCAGCCAGAGCCCCGCAAGAACAGAGUUGCUAAAUAUCGUGCCAAAUUUGACCCUAGAGUGACAGCCAAGUACGACAUCAAAGCCCUGAUUGGCCGAGGCAGCUUCAGCCGUGUGGUGCGGGUGGAGCACAAGGCCACCAAGCAACCAUAUGCUAUCAAGAUGAUAGAGACCAAGUACCGGGAAGGGAGGGAAGUGUGUGAGUCGGAGCUGUGCGUAUUGCGCCGUGUGCGGCACACCAACAUCAUCCAGCUCAUCGAAGUGUUUGAGACUCAGGAGCGCGUCUACAUGGUGAUGGAAUUGGCUACAGGAGGGGAAUUGUUUGACCGAAUCAUUGCCAAAGGUUCCUUCACAGAGAGAGACGCUACCCGAGUGUUGCAGAUGGUAUUGGAUGGAGUUAAAUACUUACAUACGUUGGGUAUAACACACCGGGACUUAAAGCCAGAGAACUUGCUGUACUAUCACCCAGGAAUGGAUUCUAAAAUAAUGAUCACAGACUUUGGGCUAGCGAGUGCCCGGAAGAAGGGAGAUGACUGCCUAAUGAAGACCACCUGUGGGACGCCAGAGUAUAUUGCUCCAGAAAUCUUGGUCAGAAAGCCUUACACUAACUCGGUAGACAUGUGGGCCUUGGGUGUGAUCUCUUACAUCCUACUAAGUGGGACUAUGCCUUUCGAGGAUGACAACCGGACCCGUUUGUACCGACAAAUUCUGAAAGGAAAGUACAGUUACUCAGGGGAGCCAUGGCCAAGCGUGUCCAAUCUCGCUAAGGAUUUCAUUGACCGUCUGCUGACAGUGGAUCCUGGUGACCGAAUGACAGCUCUUCAGGCCUUAAAGCACCCCUGGGUGGUCAGCAUGGCUGCUUCCUCUUCCAUGAAGAACCUGCACCGUUCCAUCUCUCAGAACCUCCUCAAGAGGGCAUCAUCUCGUUGCCAAAGCACCAAAUCAGCCCAGUCCACCCGCUCCAGUCGCUCCACCAAAUCCAACAAGUCUCGGCGUGUGCGGGAACGGGAGCUACGGGAGCUGAACUUGCGCUACCAGCAGCAGUACAAUGGCUGACCAUUCCUCAGGAGGACUUGUUCAUUCUUUCCAUCGGGACGUGUUGUGCGCUGCAUCUGUUAAGCAAGAAGAAGCCCAGGCACCGGCUUCCCUCUUCCUUCUCUCAAGGAGCAGCCGCCAUGUCCAUGCUGCCGCCUAUAAGGAGGUGGUACUUUCUGGACACUGCAGUACCCUCACUACUGCCAAGGUGAAAUCCACCUCACCCCGGUAGUGUCAGCCACAGAGUCUUCCCCCUAGAAGGGACAAGUAGAAAUGUCUGUUUCUUGGCCAGGCCUUGGAAGAAGUCCAGAGUUCAUCGCCAGAAAUCCUGGAGCCAAUAAAGAGGAGAGAGCCCUCCCUCGACUAAGGAUUCUUGCUGCUUCUUACUAUUUAUUGAUUCCAAGUGGUUAAAAACCAAUUUUUGUCACCAGUGGGGUCCGGUGGAUUGCUGGCAUAGGCUCUUGACUCAAGUCAGGGUCCAAAGAGUUCCCUGUGUAUGGGGGCUCAAGAUGUUUCUGUGAGAGCUCAGAGAUUGUCUGUUUCGUUUCCUUCUAGCUACAGCCACUCACACUGCAUUGAAUGCAUUCCAGAAGUUGCCAUAAUGUUAGAAGUGUGUAUUUUGGGGGUGGGGAGUGCACAGCAUAAUGUCGGGAGCUGAAAGUCUAGAUACAUUGGAACCAUUUGUGCACAGGUGUUUUGGGUCUAGCCUUGUUUUAAACACCCUUGCUCCAAACGCCCUUGCUCUAGUGCCAAACCCCUGCUUUCCAUCCACCUAAAGGUAAAAUGGGGAAAGUCCAAGACAGUGCUGCUGUUUUCACUCUGACAUAUCAUAGACCAGAGAAAAGGAUGUGCUUUAACCACACUAGCCUUAAUUGGAUGGAAGGCAGUGUGGUUUGUCCCUACCUCUUCCCUCUCCUGCGUUCUGCAGCAUUAUGUUGAUCUCUUUUGUUUCUUUCCAUUUAACGCUGGGAUGAAUGUGCAGCAGAAUGCAGUCAUAGCUCCGGGUCUGACUCAGCCGAAGCCCAGUGUGUGACUCAGUUGCAGCAUUGCAAGUGGCCGAAGGAAAUGCCAGGCGGCUGUGUUUUUUACCUCUGGACAUCUCACACCCCCUCAGAAGGUCCCCCAUCACAGUGAAGGUACAUUCCUCCCAUUAAAGGCUUGGAUUGAAAGCAAGAGGGAGUGGACUGCGCACACUUGCUGUUACCAUCUCUGCAGUUGGCCUACAAGGGUGCUGACAGUGUGGUUUAGGAACCUGAUGGUUUGAAGAGCGCCCCCCCCCCCCAGCUAAUUCACACAACUACAUCCUUCCCUCCCCUGAAUUAUAACCCAAUUCCCCUUGGUUUUAACAUGCCACAGAGAAAGAGCAGGCCUGGCGGUUGAUGCCGGAAGUGCCUUUUGGACCAAGUAACAUGAAACAAUCCAAAUGGGUUCUAGUAAGGAAACUUUGCCACAUGACACAUCUCCAAAGGCACUAACCAGUUUUGCCUGGGUUUUUUUUUUAAACUAAGUUCCGUCCUCAGGCACAGGAGAUCUGUUA